CACGUUGUUUUUUUUUACGUCUGCGACGUAAGUAAGUCACGACGGUCUGUCUGUUGCAUCAAACAGCGAACGGCUCGGUUUUGCCUGACCUGAAAUAUGCCACAUUCACACAGGAUCGACAUGUGUCACCAAACUAGAAAUGGCAAUCUUCCCGCAGCCUGACUGAGUUUGCUAGCCAGCCACUUGGCUACCUCCUAGCCCAGGUUAGCUGAGUGCAGUCGGCGCAUCACGAACCAACAAGCAGCUACCGAGAGAAGAUGGCGGAGUACUCGCCUGUCCUGCCGAUGAGGGAUGGUGGAGCGAGGUUUGGUAUCGGACAGCCCAUCUUUCCCCGGUCCCGGUCCGGUUCAGAAUCCGACAGUGAACUGUCACAGAGUCUGGCCCGAACCAAGAUCCGGUCUUACGGGAGUACGGCUAGCGUCGCGGCUUCUCUCGGCGAGAAAUACAUAGAGCAUCGGGUCACAGACAGCGACACUCUGCAGGGCAUAGCCCUCAAAUACGAAGUAACGAUGGAGCAGAUCAAGAGGACUAACAAGAUGUUCAGUAACGACUGUAUCUUCCUGCGUAACACCCUCAACAUCCCUGUGGUCUCAGAGAAGACCUCUCCCUUCAACGGCCUGUCUCUAGAGUCCCCCGACGGAGAUCCCCAGGACCAGGACUUCAACCCCCUUUGUGUGGGGCAGGACAGGGACACUGAGGAGGACCCCUCACCACCUCUGGCCCCUGGAGAUAAGGACAGUAGUAGUUAUAAACGGCCCCAGCCGGAAGAGCUGUCGGCUCAAGACUUCCUGCACAGACUGGACUUGCAGAUUAAACAGUCAAAGCAGGCAGCGCACUGAGCUCAAAGAAGAGGAAGUGAGGUAAGAGUUGGAAUACGCCAAUGUGGUGAUGGCCAGUCACAUGGGUUUCGUCCAAAAUGGCACCUCAGUCCAUAUUUAGUACA